AUGUGGCAACUACUAUUCCUACCCAUAUUUGUUCGGCAAGUUCUUGCUGUAGCCACUUCUUCACUGCACGGUGAACAGAAGUACGCCAACAAUGCAGGUAUUGCCAUUCACUACCGAAAGUACGCCCAUUCCGAUCCAGCCGCACCGUAUCUGCUUUUUCAACACGGCUUUCCAGACCAAGAGACGACCUGGAACGACUACCAGAUCCCAACCUUUUCGCGCCAUUACAACAUUCUCACUCCCACUCUCCGCGGGUUUCCCCCAAGCAAUAUCCCAUUGGAUGUUGGUAACUACACUGCAACAGCCUACGCAAACGACAUGCUCGCCAUCCUCAACCAAGAAAACGUUACAAAUGUAGCCCUCAUUGGCCACGACUUUGGUGGUGGUUUAGUACAAAGCUUCACACAGGCCUUCUCCGAUAGAGUCAGCGCGAUGAUCAUCUUGAACGCGCCGAUUUUCCCUACCUUUGUGCCGCUUCUCUCCUACGACGCCGAGGCACAAGAGUACGCACGCUACACAAUACCGUACUAUAGCUACGUUCCUGGUCAGCCCAAAAAUAUCUCUUCCAUUGUCCAGCCCAUUCGCGACCUAUCGUACCGGCGCAAGAUCGCAAAGUAUCUCGAUCGCUCGCCCAUCUUCGGCAUGCUCAACUUCUACAAAAACAACUACCCCGGGCCCACAUACGGCCAGAAUCUCACCGCUGCCCUGAAUAUCACAAAGGAGAACUGGACCCAGCGCGUUCCUACCAUGGUGGUCUGGGGUGAGGAAGAUGAAUACUUUAGUCCCAAAACUAUUGAUGGGUUACAGGGCUGGUUCGAAUUUGGGGUCCGGCUUGUUACUGUUCCAAAGGCAGGCCAUUGGCCAUUCAGAGACCAGUGGAAGAGGGUGAAUAAGGAGAUCGACAGCUUUCUAAAGACUGCUGGCACGGCUGAGAAAGAUCUCAUUUAG